CCAGUCCUUCACACGUUCGUAAUGGCGGCUUUCCGAUAAGUAAAGCUGUAUUUUUGUGGUGCAACAUUGAUAGCGCUGUUUUACGAGCUAAAAGAGCUCAGUUGAGGAACAAACAGCCCAAAACUCCUUCAUUUUGUAGUAGGAGCAUGUCCAAAGCGAUGAAACCUUUAUUCAAGAUUCCGCCGGCCUUACAACCGAAGAAAACGCUUAUAACCAACGACUACAAUAUAACACAGAAAGUUCUUGGUGUUGGCAUAAACGGAAAAGUUCUGGAGUGUUUCGAUAAGAAAACCAACGAUAAACACGCGCUAAAGGUGCUACAUGACAAUUUAAAAGCACGUCGUGAAGUGGAGUUGCACUGGAAGUCUUCCUUGUGUCCAUAUAUAGUUGGCAUUAAAGAUGUAUAUGAGAAUAAAUAUGCCAAGAAUGACUGCCUCUUGGUUGUCAUGGAAUGUAUGUCUGGAGGGGAGCUAUUUGAAAGAAUACAAAGGAGAGGAGACAAUCCUUUCACAGAAAGAGAAGCUGCCUCUGUUGUCAGACAAGUUACCACAGCACUAGCACACCUUCAUUCACUAAACAUCGCUCACAGAGAUCUCAAGCCAGAGAACUUACUCUAUGCUAACCACUCUGAGAAUGCUGCAUUGAAGCUGACAGACUUUGGAUUUGCCAAAGAAACCGAUGCUGCACUUACCUUGCAGACACCCUGUUAUACCCCAUACUAUGUUGCUCCUGAGGUGUUGGGCCCUGAGCGAUAUGAUAAGUCAUGUGACAUGUGGUCAUUAGGAGUAAUUAUGUAUAUUCUGUUAUGUGGAUUCCCACCAUUCUACAGUAAUCAUGGAGCUGCCAUCUCGCCUGGCAUGAAAAAGAGAAUACGACAGGGUCAAUAUGACUUCCCUAAUCCAGAGUGGAGUUAUGUGUCACAGCAAGCCAAAGAUCUAAUCAGGGGAUUGUUGAGGACAGAUCCAACUAAACGGUUCACAGUAGAAGAAGUCAUGAACAACCCGUGGAUUAAGGCUUACACUGAAGUGCCCUCAACACCCCUACACACGGCCGCUGUGCUUAAGGAGGAGGAAGAGAAUUGGCAAGAUGUGCAGGACGAGAUGACGAACGCUUUAGCCACAAUGCGGGUGGAAUACGACAAAGUCACGAAGCUGAAGGACGUGAGCCAGUCGUCAAACCCUCUCCUGAACAGGCGCAAGAGGUAGAUAGUGCGCUAGGGCUAACUGUUUUUUAGCCCUAGGUCUAAUUUCGCUUCCAUACCAUUUCGAAUAUGGUGUUAACUUUUGCGAGAGUUUUGCUCAUUUGGUACUAAAUUUACAUAGAACACCUCAUUACAUUUAAAGAGCAUUUCUGGGUGUGGCCAACACUAUACAUUAUGCAGCAGCCUAACGUACCCCCCCCCCCUGGGUUUUAACAGGCUAUUUAUAUCAUAUUGAAUUAGUAGGAAUUGUCAGGUAGCUAAAUAAUAAAAUUGAAGAUAUUUUCCUAUUCAAAAUUGGUAGUUUAUCAGUAGAUAAGUGAUUUUUGGAUUAUCUGCUUUAAGAAGUAAUGUUCGCACUAUUGUCCAGACAGCCCUGGGUUUUGGUAACAAUGGGAUUGUUGUCAUUAAGAAUAUUCAAAGACGGAAGGAAAGUAGUUUAAAUAAGAUCAAUUCUCGAUCGUGAUUUCUACGAUAUAAUGCUUUUUAAUCCUUUUUAACCCAUCGUACAUGUGAUCUCAUAGCGAUGGCCAGAGAAUGGGCGGUCGCAGUCACCAAUACGUGCUGUACAUUUUUAAAGACAAUCAAGUAUUCCGUAUAUCCGGUUAGGGAAUUCGUCGUUAAGAUCACUCAUCAUAUGGUUGUUGUAUUAAAAGCACUAUUUAGUUAACCCUUUGGAAAAUUCGAUUGUGGCUGGUUUUGAUGUUGGAUUUGAUAAGGAAUUGAACAGAUAUACAGGGAUAUCAGAUAUCAGUAGAAAAUGUCACUUUACUGGUUUUAUACCUUUUCUCACAUUUUCUAUCUAAUAUUAUCAGUCACAACCAGUCGUAUUUUCAAGAUGAUGUAUUAUUAUUUUAUGUAGUUUUUGAUUACAAACCUAAUCGUAUACAUCGUAAAAAAAUAUGUCGUUGGAUGCUAAUAAAUGUCUUGAAAGUUUAA